CAAUAACAGAAGAAGAAAGCGACCGUGAGGGAGAUGUUUGUUGUCAGCCGCCAAUAAACUCAAGAAGAAGAAGAAGAAGAAGACCGUGAGGGAGAGCUGGCCGCCAUCUUGGUCCAGUCAGCCUGAUUUUCGCCAGUUACCCGCCCUUAUUCGGACUCUGGCGGGCCGGAGAAACAUGGAGGAUGAUGAACUGAGCGACUUCGAUAAGGGCCAGGUGGUGGCGGCCAGGGAGCUGGGCUUGAGCGUCUCCAAGACGGCCAAGACGGUGGGCUGCUCCCGGGCAGCGGUGGUCAAAGCCUACCGCCAGUGGUACGAGGAGGGACUGCGGCUCCGAGCCGGGAGACCCCGGCUUUUCGACCCCAAGGCGCUGGAUGACGACUCCGGCUCCGAGAGCGAGCAGACGGCCGGUGAGGAGGACAGCGGGGAGAAGAAGGAGGAACAGGAGCCGGAGCCCACCCCAGGUGAGCGGACUGAUGAUGGAGAGAAGCCGGGGGAGAGUUCCGCUGACCGGACUGAGGAGGGAGAGUGAUGCCGGAGCUGCUGGCGGAUUCCGGACUGGAGCCGUUCAGCUCAUGUGGAAGAAAUGCGACGCGCCAGACUGUGACUCAGCGCCGCUUCAUGGGCUCCCUAACCCUGCAGAUGUUCUCCAAACGUUUCUGCUCCCUGCGCGGCGGAAACCCCAGCAGAGGUUUAUCUUUUCGCUCCGUUGUCCCGCCUUCCUGCGUGCAGAGAUACAAACGGCUCAACGUUCAGCAGAUGAGCUGAAAUCUGAUCUCUGCAGGGAAAACAAAGAACUGUGUCCGAAGAAAGAGGGACUACAGCGGGGAGAGGUCCGGCCCAUGUUUAGAGCGACAGAAACACCAGGAGGAGCAUUUUAUUUUGAAGUUACUGAGCUAUAAUCCUGCUGCUGAGCAAAAACAAACAAAAGUUUUCUAUUUCAGGCGGUUGAGGGGGAACAAACGGCAGCUAGCUAACGAGCUAACGAGCAGCAAACCGUCUCUGGUUACCGAGCAACGAGCCGAGAGGAUCAGAUCAACCCACAGGGUGUGUUUACUUGCUGCAGGACAAAUCGGUUCUGUUUGACCUAAAUCUAAUUAAUUUAACUUAAUUUUAACAGAAAGUCUGAAAUGACCACCGGGCCGUUUGGAAGCUAAAGCUCAUGCAUAUUUCGUCUAUAUGCGAAAACCGCAGCGCCAUCUUGUGGCCUGGCAUGAGAACUACACCAAAUUUAGUUUUUUCAUGAAAAUUUCAGAUUUUUUUUUAGUAAAGUUUUGACUUUUCACACUCAGA